AAUUAUAUAAAGGCUUAUACGCUGAAAAUAUACUGUGUAUAAUACUCAGAGAUAGUUUUAUAGAUAUUUAUUCAAUUGAAGUUUUAGAGAUAUGUACAUUGCUUCAUGCAGGAAAAUUUGACCUCCUCAUAAACAUUGAAGCAAGAGCUUGAUGUGGCUUAGGAAUAUAACCACAUACCCUGUACACCAAUCAAUAUGUACUUAUCCGUGCAAUUUUAUACAAUGUUUCAUGUAAUCCAACUAGUUAUCUCGUAAACAUCCCAGGUUGAUUGCUUCACUAAUUUUAUGUUUGACAAACCUAAUGUGAAAAUUGUCGUUUCCCAUGUGAUCUAAAUAGAUGACAAGUUGCAAAGAGACCAUGAUCACAUUGGCAGUCUUUAUUUAUUGUUUUACAUUUCCUCUUACCAGAUCAUUCGUUUGCAAUUUUGAUUAUUUCUAGUAUGCUCUUGUAGAUUGAAGCAUAUUCAAAUUGCUAUAUAAUGUAUUAAUCUGUUUAUAUUUGUCAUAGUAUUAAUUUGAUCAAGUCAUAUAUUGUCAAAAAGCAUUAGUUACAUUACCGUGGUCGUGCAACAGAAAAUACUUAAUUUUGUAAUUCCUUUGAAACAUUUCAUUAAUUUGCUUCUAGUUAUCAUAGCUCAACAGGUAAUGCAUUAAGAGAAUGUCGAAGAAACGUAUGCUUUAUGUCGGAGGUCUUGCGGAAGAAGUAAAUGAAAAAACUAUACACUCUGCAUUUAUUCCAUUUGGGGAUAUCGUUGAUAUCAACAUUCCACUGGAUUAUGAAACUGAAAAACACAGAGGCUUCGCUUUUGUUGAAUUUGAACUUGAAGGAGAUGCAAGAGCCGCAAUCGAUAACAUGAAUGAAAGUGAAUUAUUCGGACGCACUAUAAAAGUAAAUAUUGCCAGACCAAUGUACACAAAGAAAGAAGGACUCUCUCACAGGCCAGUGUGGGCGGAUGAAGAAUGGUUGAAAAAAUAUGCAGUGAAAGAUGAAGAUGCUGAAGAGUCGAUGGAAACUAAUGAUAAAGUAUCAACAGAAAAAAUUAUUAAAAAAUCAAAGAACCCAAGAGUAUUUUUUGAUCUGCGGUUUGGCACCCAGUAUGCAGGUAGAAUUCUCAUGGAACUACGAGCAGAUGUUACACCGAAAACUGUUGAAAAUUUUAGGUGCUUAUGCACACAUGAGAAAGGAUAUGGUUACAAGGGCAGUACCUUUCAUCGUAUUAUACCACAAUUCAUGUGUCAAGGAGGAGACUUUACAAAUCAUAAUGGCACAGGAGGGAAAUCCAUUUAUGGAAAAAAAUUUGAAGAUGAAAACUUCACAUUGAAGCACACGGGGGCAGGAGUAUUGUCUAUGGCAAACUCUGGCCCAAAUACAAAUGGUUCUCAAUUUUUCAUCUGUACCGAAAAAACUGAUUGGCUAGAUGACAAGCAUGUUGUAUUUGGACAUGUUGUUGAAGGCUUAGAAGUGGUGAAAAAAAUGGAAAAUCUGGGUUCUAAAGAUGGUAAGCCAAAACAAAAGGUUGUGAUUGCAGAUUGUGGAGAACUUACAUGAAGGAAAGGAAUUAUAUUCAAUCUUCAUUUUAUCAUCAAUAACUUUGGAAAAGUAUUCAAAGAAGAAGUGAUACCAAAGCAGACAUCCAAUACAUGAAAAUACAGUCAUUACAUGUAUGAGAAGCGUGCAGAAUUUCGUUUGCACUGUCCUUAUGCCAUAAAUACCAGGGUGCAAUAUAGUAACCCAACACUACCUGUAGGCGGUUCUGUACUUUAUACCCAUCCCAAUAAUAUAUCCUAAGUAAUUUACAAGCACUAUUAUGCUGAAAAUGUUAUUUUUUAUAUACAACUUGAUUUAGCAGAAAUUGCUAGUUCACAAGUUAAUUACUACUGAUAAAAACAGAUAAAAAGGUGAAUGAAUUGAAAGAAUAAAAUUAAAAAAAAUGUA